AUGGCACACGUCUACUCCGACGACCCAUCGAUGUCCACAUACAAAAAGCGGCACCCGUCGCUGUAUCUACUCAAGGCCAAUUCAAGCUUUCAUCUCAUGCCAGAUCAGGACUUCGAACUGCAACCUCAAAGUACAGGUUUGCAGUCUAUGGACGGUAUAAAUGAAGAUGAAGAAAAUCAGCCAGUACUACGAUUCCCGAACUCGAAAUCAAAUUACAGAAGGCUUUUACUAUUAGCAUUCGCCAUUGUAGCGUCAUGGGUAUUGGUAGGUUUUUCUGUGUGGCGAUUGCAAAACGGUGUGUCUUUUCCUUUGGAUCGCCAGCGUACUCCGCAUGUUGGGCAGCCUAAGGAGAGAUCUUUUAACAUCACCAAUGUUUUGAAUGGAGAAUUUUCUUACAGCGACAUGCCUUUCAAGUUUAUAAAAUCAGGAGCCUUGGUUCACGCCCAGGAGAAUGAUGGAGGGCUUUAUCUGACGGUAGACGACAAAAAUGGAAUUCCUAAGUACGUGGCAAGAAAACUUGCUGAUGGAAAGUUUUACCAGGAUCUGGGCCGUAAGGAUUUUGAGUAUAAGGAUAAUCGGUACGAUGUGACCAGCUUUGUUGUAUCUCAUCGGCUCGACUUUGCAAUAAUGUCGUCUAACAUGGAAAAAGAAUAUCGUCACUCUUCGAAUGCCUACUUUUGGCUCAAAGAUAUUGCCAAAAGCAUAAUCACGCCAAUCACGCCGUUCCCAGAUGACGCAGAACCUACAAAGCUAUCUUACGCACGGCUUUCGCCAUCGGGGAAUUUCAUUUAUUUCGUGCACGAUGGUAAUCUGUACAUCCAAAAUGUGAUCAGCAAAACGGUGAGACAACUAAGUUCUGGCGGGUCAGCUCAGGUACUUAAUGGGAAAACAGAUUGGGUUUACGAAGAGGAAGUACUAGCCACGGACUGCGCGGUAUGGUGGGCCCACGACGAUUCGAAACUGGUCUGGGCACGAUUCGAUGACUCUAAAGUCUUAAAAGAGUCUUUACCCAACUAUAUUAAUGAAGAAGCAUACGACGGUGUUAAAAUGAUUCACUAUCCCAAACCAGGGACCCCUAAUCCUGCUUUUACUCUUUUUUCCUAUAAUGUGAUGACAGGAGCUCUACAUGCUAUCACCCAACCCGACGAAAAUCGAAUUCUUUACCACGCCCAAUGGCUGAAUUCCACUAUUUUCAUGUUCAAAGACUCGGACCGUAAUUCUGAGGUCAUGUCUAUGAAAAUACACAAUCUGGAUACCAAUAUGGUAUCCAAGGUUCGGGACAUUGAUACCACAGCAUUUGGAGGAUGGGUUGAAAAGGGCCAUGAUGUUCAAUUAGUUCCAACUAAAGGGUCAGAGAAAAGACAGGACAUAGGAUAUGUUGAUAUUGAAGUCGAUGAUCAGGGCUUCCCUCACCUUUUCUAUUUUCCUGAUGUCUUCAGUAACGCGGGUCGCCAACUGACGUCAGGCAGUUGGGAAAUCACUGGGAAGGGUAUUGUUGGAUAUGAUUACGACGCCGAUGUCGUCUUUUUCCAUGCCAAUUUACAAAAUCGGUUUUCUCAGCACCUAUACUCUGUUAGCAUCAACGAGAAGCAAACUGGGGACAUUCAAACCCUGCAAGAUCCUAACGAGAAGAAUUCUUUUUACGAGUUCGAACUAAGUCAAAGCUGUAGAUUUGGAAUAAAGCAUUACCGCGGUCCAGAAUUACCCAUGUCCGAUGCUGGAGAUCGCAUUUUGCUGCUUCAGAACGACCAGUCAAGGGCGAUAACCCAACUCACUAGCAACUCAGAAAUGCGUGCGGCACUGGAUAAGUUCGACAUGCCUAUCAAGCGUCAUAAGACAUUAACAAUCGAUGAUGGCAUUGAUGUCGAUUACAUGGAGUCAACCCCAGCGGAGAUGAAAUCCACAAGAAAGCAUCCCUUAUUGGUUCAUGUAUACGGUGGUCCUGGAUCCCACACCGUUGACUCAAGUUUUACAAUAUCCUUGGAGGAAAGUUUAUCAUCAAGUGAGGGGGCCAUUGUGCUCAGGAUAGAACCAAGAGGUACAGGAGGACGUGGCUGGAAGUACAGAAGCUGGGCAAAACACAAUUUGGGUCACUGGGAACCUAGGGAUGUGCUCAGUACGGUAAAAAAGUAUAUUGACCUGAAUGCUGACUUUGUAGAUCCCGAGAGGGUCGCCAUAUGGGGCUGGUCCUAUGGCGGUUUCGUUACGCUAAAGACAUUGGAAUUGGACGGCGGAGAGACGUUCAAGUACGGCGUGGCCGUUGCGCCUGUGACAAAUUGGAAAUAUUACAAUUCGAUAUACACAGAACGAUACAUGGGAUCAUUUGAGAAUAACCAAGAAAGUUAUAAUGAAAACGCCAUGGUUAAAGACGUGGCAAGUAUUGCAAAAGUCAAGAGAGUUCUCUUAAUGCAUGGGAGUGCUGACGAUAAUGUACAUCUCAAAAACACGAUGGAUUUGUUGGACAAAUUGAACCUUGCCAAUGCAAAAAACUACGACUUCAACCUGUUUCCAGAUUCAGAUCAUUCGAUCGUAUAUCACAACGCAGGAACAAUUAUCUACGAAAAGCUAUUUCAUUGGAUCAAAAAUGCUUUUGCAGGUCAGUUUGAUGAUCUGAAAACGUUCUGA